UUAAAAUAAAACACUGGGCCAGGGUUCAGCCAGGGAAGGACAGGUUUUCCUCGGCUGGGCUCUCUGAUGAUAUCACAGUGAUGAAGACACAGAAAAGUCAAAAUGCAUCGUGAAAAUAUCCUGAGGCCUAAGUCCAUCGUGUGCCCCAGGAGAAUGCCUGUGCUCUCAAGACUUUACCUUGUUAAGUGUUCCUGAAUCAGCUGUUUGCAGGACAGCACGGUUUGUGUAUUAUUAACUUGUGCAGAUGGCAUUCCAGGACAAGGGUGGGGUGGUGCCUGCCUGAGACAGCUGCUCGGAUGGGGCUCAACCCCUGGGGCCAGUGUGGGGGACAGGUGCCUGAAAACGUCUCGAGAAUAGGACAGCUAAUCCGGGCCAGCAUGGAUCACACUUGUGCUGGUACUACUGUCCACAGAUACCAGCCGGGUCUCUUAGGAACCUGGUGAAUUGAGAAGGCUCAAUAAAAUCAUGUUACGAUGUCACCCGUUUUAACGCAGAGUUCUCAGUUCCAGCCCAUGUACCCUUUUGACAAGAAAACCAGCUUAUUUCACGAACUGCUGGGCUCUGUGUCCUCAGUUUUCGGUUUGCUCUCUCGCGGUCACGUGCAUUUUGGUGCUAGGACCUGUGGAGAACGUUCCGGAGAGCACAGGAGCGGAUCCCGACCUGCGCCUUCACGAGUCAGCACCAAGUUCUAGAAAGCCUUCCCUCUUAUCCCCAGCACUGGGCUCAGAGCACCCCGCACCCUGCUCCCCAGGCUUUGUCACACGCUGCCUUAGGACUGACACCCUGAUCAGAGCCUCUUUGGAGAGCUGCAGAUGGAGAUGGCUUCAGCCAGGGCAGGUGGCCCGACCUCCAAGUGCAGGACUGGAAACUCGCACGCCCUUGCUCGCUGCCAUCAGGGGCCGCCUUCCUCCCCUCUGUCAGUUAUGCUAACGUAGCAGAUGGCCCCACAGUGCCAUGGCUGAAGUGGCCGUGGUAUUUCCUCAUGAUUCUGGUGGCCGGAAGUUUCAGGGCGCUGCGGGCUGCUCUUCUAUUGGCCUUGCCUGGGUGGCUCACGUGUCACCUGACAGCACGAGGGGAGCUGGCUCCUCUGAAGUAACCUCACUUCUGUGUCUGGUUGGUGCUGGCUGCCGGCUGGGCCAUGUGUCCCGAGAGCAGCCUGGGCCGCUUCGUGGCAGUAGAAGAGUCCCCUGGGCAGGCUUGGCAGCCACAGUGUCCCUUCUGCUCUGUCCUGCUGGUUAAGCCGAGGCACAGUCCAGCCCGGUUCAGGUGUGAGGGAAUAGAUCACAGCCCUCCGUGGAGAGUCACAGAGUUUGUGGCUGUUUUUAAUCUAACAUGCUGUACCCUGGCAGCUGUGAUCCGGCCCAGUUCAUUCUAUUGUUUAUCCAUCACCCACUGACUUUUUAAAAUUUCAGUUUUUAAUUGUGGUAGGAUACACAUAACAUAAAAGUCACCACCUUAAUCAUUUCUAAAUGUACAGCUCGAUGGCGUUCAGCACGCUCAUUCAGGAGCCGUCAGCACCCUCCGCUUCAGAACUCUUCGUCGUUCCUGUCCCCUCCCCUGGCCCCGGCUCCCACCUCCCACUUUCUCUAUGAUGUCAUCCAUUGAUUUAAUAAAGUUCAGUGGACGUUUAUUGUGCACCCCCCCUGUCAGCCAUGAGACUUGAGGCUCAGAGGUGAGUAAACACGUCUGUGCUCGAAACAGACAGCCCUGUGAGAGGAUUGCCUCAUUUGGUGACAAAACUCACGUAGGAGGAAAGCUUCAGCCUCCCAGUCACUCCUUCAGUCAUUGUCCACUCAACACACAUUGGGAGGUACAGUGUCAUGUUUGCCUCCAGCUCCGCAGCUCAGCAGCCUGCGUGAGUGUUGACAGUGAGCACCCAGCCUUCCCCAGCUCUGACUCUCAGCGCCUGGUGGUCAGGCCAGCGGAGGCAGAGUCAGAUGGAGUUCAGCAUCUCCUCCUUAUCCAUCCAUGAGCCCAGCAGUGGCUCCACCAGCGAGCCGAGGCAACCGUCCAAAGCGUCUCAGGGCUUGCAGGCCCUCCGGCCCUCACAGGGCAGCAAGCCCUCCAACCUGGAUGCUCUGGGUCCCAGCCAGCAGGAAGAGGAGGCAUCGUUCUGGAAGAUCAAUGCAGAGCGGUCCCGCGGGGAGGGGCCCCAGGCUGAGUUCCAGUCGCUGACCCCCAGCCAGAUCAAGUCCAUGGAGAAAGGCGAAAAGGUCUUGCCGGUCUGCUAUAGGCAGGACCCUGCCCCGAAGGACAGAGAGGCCAAGGCGGAGAGGCCCAGCCACCUCCGCCAGGAGCCACGUGUCCUUCCCGGUGCCAGCGUCGAGCGCGAGGGGCCCCAGCCAGUCCAGGCCUGCACCAGCACGCUGGAAGAAGCCACCCGCUCCGAGCCCGUGAGCAAGCUGCUCUCUCCUGGGGCUGGCCCAGGGGAUAGGGAGGACAUGGAGGACGCUCUGUUCUCGGAACCGGCGCCUACACAGGUCGGCUCAAGUAAUGUCAUCUUGAAGACGGGGUUUGAUUUUCUGGACAAUUGGUAAAAUGUGUUAGCCAAAAAAGCCCCACAAAAAACCAAGAACUUCAAAAUGUUUUCCUAAGUGGUGUGACGGAGGAGGAUGCAACGGGCAGUGUUCCCUCGGGUCUUUUCCAGGUUCCUGUACACUUUUCUUAAUCUUUUGAAAACUGGUACAUAUUGCCUUGUCCAGAUUUUCAGAUUUUUCCCUUUUUGGUAAGCGCAGAUAUAUAUGCUAUUUUCAGUGGUUUGAUAACAGAAGUUUUACAUUUGGAUUUUUAAAAGACCGUUAGCAAUUCAGUACAUCUUAUAAAUAAAACUUCUGUUCCAGCUGCACCCAGUUUUCCCCCUCCUCAGAGAAAUGGUUUUCUUAGCCAUGUCACAAAAAUCGUAAGUGAUUCCCAUCCCCUCCUUUAUCCCCUCCCUUUUUUGAGUGUGCGGGGCUACCUUUGAUGGGUGAUUGUUGGUGACGUCAGCAUGCUGGCUGUGACCGUGGAAAGAUUUGCCUCCCACGGCACUCCCCCGCCCCCCCAUGCUCCCAGCUGCCCUGGUGCUCCCUGCUGAAGCCACAUGUCCUGCAUCGAGUGCCACCCCCCACCCUCGCAUCAUUUCCAGGAAACAGACUUGGCACAUGGCAGAGGGCGUCUGUAAGCUGCCCUGGUACUUACUCAAACUAUUCAUCAUUGUUUAAGAGUUGCAUGUUUCGAAGUUUUGUAUUAACGUUUUAUUAUUCUGUAUCUAGAUUUAGCAGUUGUAGGGCUACCACUUUUCUUGGAGUUCUGUACUCAUGUGGCCUGUGGGUGUCCCCUGUCCUGGGCAUCUGCAGCAGGAAGGGCCAAUGUCGCUGGAGAAACUGGUUCUUCUGACUAGUUGUGUUAAACCUUCCAGCCUGAGACUAGCAGGGGCAGUGGAAUUCCUUCAUCCCAAAGACUGGUCAAGCUGUGUCACAGUGGACCCUGCCACAACCCUGACCCCCAGCAGAAGUGGAAGAGUCCAGUUUCUACAGGGACCCAGCAGCGCCCCCUGGAGACCUUUGUGGUCAUAGCAAUAGCGUCUCCUGGAGCGGAACAGCCCAUGGCUGCUCUGGUGGGGCAGCUCCCAGAUGCCCAGACGGGGUGAGGGACAUGUGGGCCUCAGCCUGGGAAGCCUGUGCCCUGAUCAGUGGCUCCUGAGCUGCAGGACAUGUCCAAGCAUGAUCUGCGUGUCGCUUCUCACUGUGUUCUCACCUGAAGCCUUAAUCCCAGCGAGUCCUGCCAGUGAGCGCCUGGUCUCAAUAGCAAAAUGUGUCUUUUUUAGAUGCCUUGGUGUUUCACAGGACCUUCUGAAAUGAUUUCCAGAAUAUUUUAUCUGGCUCCAAGGUAAAGCACAAGCAACAUUUUCUUCCAGGAAAGUUUCUGCCAAAGCUGUGGCUUAGCCAGUGUUUGGUUUGGUUUCUGCCAAUUGCUUCAUGUCCCUAAACCUCAGUUGGCCUCUUGGGGUCUUGUAUUUGACCUCCCUGCUUUGGUGACUGUAUCAUGGCAAAUACAGGAUCUGUCUGUAGCGUUUAAGUAUACUUAAAACAUAAAAGGGAAAAAGAUUUCUAGCGUGGUGGUGAGGAUAACGGAGCCAGCCGCUCGGGCCAGCCUGGAGCCGGAGCCUGAGCAGUGGGCUGCCUUAGAACCUGUGCGUGACAGCAGGGGAGGUGCCGGCGCGAGUCUGUGUUCCUUGGAGUUGGUCACAGGGAGGAGAGAUCGAUUAGCCCACAGCAGCCUGUCAGUUCUGGGAGGCGAUUCUAAUUUCUCACAGAGCUCAGUAUGCUCUUCAAGUCCUCCCGGGAAACCCUGGAGGCCGUCCUAAGGCUGAGCUGCUUUGCUCUGUUUUUGGAAGUAGGUGAAGCGAAGGCCUGGAGGACGCUCUCUCAUGGGCCCCUCCUGCCUGGCCUUCGGAUCCACCUCGUAACCCUGCAGUCUGUAAAGGGUGGUUCCUUCCUGCCCUCUGGGAAUCCAGAUAAGGGAAAGUUUAGCUCUUACGUUUGCCACUUUUAUUCCCCCAUGUAGCAGUAUGGCGCUUCUAAAACCCAGAGUUUCCAUUUGUUAUUUUAAAAAUGCACGCUUUUCAGCUGAAGCCUGUAUGUGGCUUUGGAUUCUCCCACCCCGUCUCCUACACCUGGGAGUCAGCCCAUGGAUUCAGUGUCUUGCUUUGGGUGACUGUACUUUGCAAAAUGUCUCCCAAGAAGUCAGAACCCAGUCUCAGUUCUUUCACCUGGGGGUUCGUCCCCCCCCCCCGCCUGUGGGUCUGGGAGCGCUGCCCACUUUGGGAACAGUGGGGGUUGCAGCCCCCACCACCUGCGUGGAUGUCAGAGCAGCCUCCCUUUCUUUGAUACACAUUUUCAAAAAUGAAAAUUCUUACUGAUUACUUGUAACUUGGUUGUAUUUUAUAUUAAUAGCCUUUAAUAAAGUCAUUUAAAAUAUU